GUGUCUCAGAAGAGUUUGGCAGUUGUUCCCAACGUAAUCCAGAAUGGCUACUCUGAUCUAUGUUGACAAGGAAAAUGGAGAACCAGGCACCCGUGUGGCUCCUAAGGACGGGCUGAAGCUGGGGUCUGGGCCUUCAGUGAAAGCUUUAGAUGGGAGAUCUCAGGUUUCAACACCACAUGUUGGCAAAAUGUUUGAUGCUCCACCAGCUUUACCUAAAGCUGCCAGAAAGGCUUUGGGAACUGUUAACAGAGCUACAGAAAAGUCAAUAAAGACUAAUGGACCCCUCAAACAGAAACAGACAGCCUUCUCUACCAAAAAGAUGACUGAGAAGACCAUUAAAGCAAAAAGCUCUGUUCCUGCCUCAGAUGACACCUAUCCAGAAAUAGAAAAAUUCUUUCCCUUCAACCCAUUAGAUUUCGAGAGUUUCGACCUGCCUGAAGAGCACCAGAUUGCACACAUGCCCUUGAAUGGAGUGCCUCUCAUGAUUCUUGAUGAGGAGAGGGAGCUUGAACAGCUGUUAAACCUGGGCCCCCCUUCACCUCUGAAGAUGCCUCCUCUACCGUGGGAGUCUAAUCUGUUGCAGUCUCCCUCAAGCAUUCUGUCGACCCUGGAUGUUGAAUUGUCACCUGUUUGCUAUGACUUAGAUAUUUAAAUUUCUUAGCACUUUAUAGUCUGUGGGUAUGUAUUAAUAGUUUGUAUU